UUAAAAUAUUAAAUAUUAUUAUAAUAUUAUCAUCGCGUCUUACGUUUUUUCAAGAAUUCAGCUCCGGCAUAUGUGUAUACAGCGUAUUUUUUAAAAUUCUUAAAUCGUUUGUGCUGUGCCUACAACACCAAUAACAUCAAUUCACUAUAGAAUCUAUGACAUUUUAGAAUUUGCCGGUACCUAACUACCAACUAUUAGAAACUAUUACAAAAUAAUCAUGUGGAUUAAUUAUAUUGCAUACACUUUAAUAAGUGUAGUCAAUGUGCAUUGUAUAUCUACAUUUACGACUGUUACAUCUAGUAAAAUAGAUAAUGCAGUAUUUAUAUACCCAGGACAAGCAAAAAGUGAACGAGACUUAAGCAUUUGUGAACAAAAUAGUGUAUGUAAUAUUGUACACCUUAGGUUUUGGUUUCCAAAUCAAGUUGAACGUUUAUGUAAAUGCCCAAAUCGUGAAGAAUGUCCAUCAAAGUGGAGCACAAAUGAUAAUCUUAGUAUGCCAUUAGACAACCGUUCACAACUUAAGUUUUGCAAGCCCAUUAAUGAACUGCCCGAUUGUACAACAAAAUCUGAUGAAUCUAUAACGAUUGUAAAAAGUAGAGAGGAUAACAAUGUUCAAAUAAAAGCCAAAGUCCACUGUAACUGUCCACAUCAUACAACUUGGGAAUUAAUAAAACAUGAACAAAAAGACCAACACAAUGAAACUACUGAUAUAAGUUAUGUUGAAGAUUUGUUCAAAUGUAAAAAGUUGAAAGAUUGCAACGCUGGUGAAUUUUGUGGAUAUAUAAGAACAGAUUACUAUUCAACAUAUACUAAAUGCACUUGUCCAUACGGCCAUUUGUGUUUACACAAAGAUAGACAAGAAAGUACAACAUAUGAAAUGUUAUUUUAUGGAACAUCAUACAGAGCAGAAUGUACAUUGUUAAGUGCCGAAUUAAAAUAAGUCUGAUUAUGAUUUUAUUGCUCAAAUCAACUAUUCUAAUGUACUUAAAGAGACUAAUUUUUAAUUUAAUCAAUGUUAGUAAGAAUUACUUAAUCCGAAUUUAAAACAAAUUAUUAGAUUUAAUAA